GGCGCCUCCUCCAGUCUGGUGGUGAAGUUUGCGGACACGGAGAAGGAGCGGGGGCUCCGCAGGAUGCAGCAGGUCGCCAAUCAGCUCGGCAUGUUCAGUCCAAUCGCCCUGCAGUUUGGAGCUUACAGCGCGUACACGCAGGCCGUGAGUGACCAGCUUAUGCAGCAGCAGGCCGCCCUGGUGGCCGCACACAGCGCUUACCUCAACCCCAUGGCCACAAUGGCCGCUGUACAGAUGCAACAAAUGGCGACAAUCAACCCGAAUGGAAUCAUAGCCACGCCCAUCACGUCCUCGUCAGGUACCAGUACCCCCCCUACACUCGCUGCCACUCCAGUAUCUGCCAUCCCUGCCACGCUGGGGGUUAAUGGCUACAGCGCAGUGCCCUCUCAGAGCAACGUACAGCCAAGCUCGGAGGCCAUAUACACCAACGGCCUGCACCCCUACCCAGCUCAGAGUCCGGUCACCCAGCUAGACCCUCUGCAGCAAGCCUACGCCGGCAUGCAGCACUAUACAGCUGCCUACCCCGCGGCCUAUGGUCUGGUGAGUCCGGCAUUUACGCAGCCGCCGCCCUUGUUACCACAGCAGCCUCCACAGCAGCAGCAGCAGAGGGAGGGUCCAGAAGGUUGUAACAUAUUCAUCUACCACCUGCCCCAGGAAUUUACCGAUUCGGAGAUCUUACAGAUGUUUCUACCGUUUGGAAACGUCAUCUCCGCCAAAGUGUUUGUAGACAGAGCCACCAACCAGAGCAAGUGUUUUGGCUUUGUAAGUUUUGACAAUCCCGGCAGCGCCCAGGCUGCCAUUCAGGCCAUGAAUGGUUUCCAGAUUGGCAUGAAGAGGCUCAAAGUACAGUUGAAGCGACCAAAAGAUGCCAACCGGCCGUACUGAGGGUUCAGGGGGUGCACCUGGUUUUGGGGAUCAAGGGGUUCCUAGGUCCAGCCCCUCGUCCCCUCUUUCCACACCUCACAUAGGACUCCAAACUUUUUCUGCUGCUGGACCAAGAAGGACAAUUUUUUUUUUUCAGGGGAAACCGCUACACGGCUGAAUCCGAUAAUCUCCCAACUCUUAACCAGCAAGGACCUCCAAACUCAUCGCCACCCCCCAAGAGGUGGAGAAGUGGAACAUUCCUGGAUCUGCACACACUCACCGGAGCGGACAGGGUACAAUACACUUGCCACGUCCGGCCUCUCGAGCGGGCACGGGAUUUAUUUUUUACCUCGGGCAAAAAAUGAAAAAAGGAACUUAAAAAAAAAAAAAAAACUUGUGAGGUAGCGGCUGUACGGGCGGCAGCGGGGCGCAGUAUCGGGGUGAUAAUGUUGUGUUUAGAUUACCACUUUUCUGAUUUCGCUCAUCGUCCCGGCUGAAAUGUUUUUUAAAGAAAGAUGGCGUUUUAUGAGGUAGAGUGAAUAUUUAUAGGAGGUCGGCGGGAGGUGGAGGCGCCGCUCGUAUCGUGUACAUACAGAGAGGAUCUGGGCAGUAGUGCAAUAUCCCUUAUCCCUGACACACACCCCAAGCAUUGGGCUGCUGCAUUCAUCCGAGGACCCUCCUCUAGAAAUCUGCAUGUGCAAUCCAUAGGGGUCCAAGAAACACAUGCAAUACAGCACAGAGACUAUGUGGGGGUUAGGGCACUACCACCUCCUGCUUUGGGAUCUCCACUUUCUAUGGCGUCUCUCAAAAGCUACCCUGGAUGUGGCCCUGAGAGGAUAAAAUGGUUUCUCAAAGGAAGAGCUGCCUUCUACACUAUGUAGUCCCUCAGGGGUGGAGCUAUCUGCUAUGUGGGCAGUUGGGAAAGAGCAACAUAUGUGGUUACUGAGGAGAAGCCACCAUCUACACUAUGUAGUCCCUCAGGGGAGGAGCAGCCUUAUGUAGUUAGUGAGGAGCUAUCUUUUACAUUAUGUAGUCCCUCAUGGGAGGAGCUAUUUUCUAUGUGGGCGCUUAGGAUUGAGCAGCCUUAUGUGGUUGCCUGCUGUGUGUUUUAUAAGAGGAGCAGCCUGCGAUCUGGUCUCUGAGAAGAGGAGCAGCCUUCAAUGUGCCCUGCAAGAAGAAGCUAUCCUUCCUUUCUCCCCAGAUGAUUUUAUCCUCAUUGUGGCCCUCCUAAGGGUGGGGGGAGGGUCCUGUAUUACAUGUAGUUUCUUGAUGGUGACAUUCCAUGUGUUCCUUCAGAGGACAAACUACCUUUUGGAGUGGUCCCUCAGAGGAGGAGCUAACUACUAUGUGGUCCCUCAGAGGAGGAGCUAACUACUAUUUGGUCCCUCAGAGGAGGAGCAUCUUCCCUAUUUUACUGCUAAAUCCUAUAGGCACAAAACACUUGACAUUAGACGUGUAGUGGUCCAGUGCUAUCAGCAUCACGGGGCCCACACUGUGGGGGUGGGAAGGUUCCUUUAAGAAUGGCGGCUGUUUGGAAACCCUCAGUGCAGUGUGAUCAGACUGCGCCCGGGGCACGGGCACAAUUAUAAGGCAGCGCCAUUGUGUUUCCUUUGCUUUGGUCGGGGGAGAGGUUUGAUAUGAUGUGUACAUUUUUGGAGACCCUAGAAGUGUAAUCGCCCCCCCAACACACGUCGCUCUACAGACACCAUCUUGGGUGCUGAUUUCGGACACCCCUAGGUGCACUAGGACACCAUUUUUCACCUUGAUAAAUGCCCCUCCCCCACUGACCUGCACUUAACUAAUGAAAAGCACUCCGUCUAUUAGUGCAUGAUGGAAGAAGUAGUACAUGCGACUUGUCGGGGGAGAACGGCCGCCUCCGCUGGACAUUAGUAAAAGCGGGAGUUUUCUCCUCAGGGAUACCGCUAGCUCAUCACGGUAAAUUAAAGGGUCGUUUCCAAAACCAGCGCCCCCUUGUUCAGUGGCUGUGUCUGGUAUUACACAACCCCCACAGGAGGAAGCGGAGACACAAUGGCUGCAUAUCAUGAGUCGGAGGCCACGUGCGCACAGGCAGGUAAAUGUUUACAGCACCCGACACCUCCCCAAAUGUACAGACUUUUGUUGUCAGAAGAGUCUCUGCCAUUUAUGGUCAGGUCUAGAGGAGUUUUGUUUUUCUUGUGGAACGGGGCAAAGGGUAUUUUACUAUAAAAGGGCGGGGGCGGGGCUAUAUCCAACCGAUCCAGCCAACGAUAUAACGCAUAACUUAUUUCUU